AUGCCACAAAAGAUGAACAAUGAACAAAUUGGUGUUUCAUCUAUAUCAUCAUCAACAUCCACCAGGACAACACCAGCUCAGGACAUCAGCAGCAAUCACAGUGCGGCAACAACUGCGCAGCUCAUCAAGGUCAAAUCAACAGGCAGCACUAGCAACAGCAACAGCAACAACAACAACAACGAUAUUGCAACAUUAGUGACAAAGAUCCAAGCGAUAAUACCGGAUACGCCCAUUGUGUCGAUUGCCGCUGGCACGUUGAGUGAGAGCACAACAACAACGACAUCGACUAAGACGACACCGACGCCCUAUUUCCAGGAGCAGUUAACCACCUUAAUGUCGCACAAUGUGAAGCUGGAGCAGCGUCCAGCCAAUGACAGCAGCAACAAUGCGGGUGCAGGUGCGGGUGCGGCUGCAGUUGGCAGCACCACAAAAAGUGCAGUUGGCAGCACCCACAACGCAAGUGGCAGCACCGAAAACUCAACAGCUGCUGCUGCUGAAGAUCUUUGCCAAAAUCAUGUGGCUUGUGAUAAGAAAAGCCCGAGUCCAAGUCCGGCCAAUAACAAUGCAGUUGCCACCGCAACAGCCACCGCAACAGCAGCUGCUUCUAUUCCUGUCUCUGUUCCUCCUGCAGUCGAGAGCAGCAGCAAUAGCAAUAAGGAGGCCUCUGAAAGUGGCAGCAAAACUGCCAGCAGCUUAAAGUUGACGCCACUGUUGCGAGUCAUGGGACAACCGGCGCCGGAUGUGAUUGCGACGGCAACGGCGUUGCAUCAACGCAGUGGCGCCACCACCAAGGGCAAGACACAAGAUGACCAGAACGUGGGCAAGCGUCUGAAAAAGAAAAAGACAAAAUACGAUACGUGGGAAGAUAGCGAUUUCAAUGAUCUCGACGACGCAUCGUUGAAGAAACUACUCGAAGAAGCUUAUUGGUAUCGCAAUCCUGGCGACAGGAAAAACAAAAGCGAGCGUUUUCUGCAAAUGCUCAAAAAGGCUGAGUACGACGAGGAGAAUUCUUAUCGUGCCAUUAAAAACUCGUUAGCACGCAACACGUCCGCCGCAUCAGCAGCAGCAGUAGCAGCAACGUCCAGUGGCGGCGGUGGCGGUGGCGGUGUCUAUCAUCACAGCCACAGCAGCAGCGUUGGCAGCGCCAGCAACUUUGCAGCAGCAGCGCACAACAACAGCAACAUCAAUUGUAAUAGCAACAGUUAUACAACAACAACAACAGCAACAAAUCAUCGUUCAGGGAAUCAGCGACAUAAGCAAGGAGGUUCAUUGCAGGAUUUGGUGGAGGCGACGCAUCGCAGCGAGCUGGCAACGACGUCAGCAGCAGCUGCAACGGCAGCAACGCAACGUUUCAACUGUGAUUAUCAGCUGGGUGGCAACGCCGCCAAUCGUGCCAAUCGACGACAGCAGCAGCAAAGCAACAACUGCAACAACAGCAACCAAAACACCGCCUUGGCCAGCAAGAAAACCAAGAACAACAACAACAGCAGCAACAGCAACUCGUCUGUUUCAGCGAGACAACGAGAAGGCGGAAGUCUGCCGAGCAGCGUUAAUCUCGAGGCGAGCAGCAUGGAUGCAAAGCUGAAGCAAGCGCUCAUGAUGAGCGACAAUGCUCAUGAUCCGAAUGCCAGCAACAGCAGCAACAGCAACAACAACAACAGCAGCAGUUUGCCCAGUCAACUGAAUGAGACGGGCACAAGAACAACAACCACAACAACAACGGCAGCAACAUCAUCGUCAUCAUCAUCGAGGAUAUUCGAUGAUUUUGAUGAUGUUGAUGAUGUCGUUGCAGCAAUGCAGCGACAGCAGCGAAAUCAGCAACAACAACCACAACAACCACAACCACAACAAUUUGAUAAUCCGUUGGAGGUAAGCGAUGACGAUUCAGAUUCUUGUAUGUUGGAAUUCCAAUUGGACGACACUCUGUGGGAGAUAAUCUUUCACGCGCUUGCUGAGCCCCAACCAACUGGUGAACAAUUGGAAGCGUUACGUGAGGCGCGCAAAGCAAAGAGAAUUCCCAGUUCAUCGACGACGACGACGACGAAUCACAUGUCCUUCAACUGCGAGCAGUUGCUCGGCGCUCUCAAUCAACAGAUGCAAAAGCAACAGCAACAUCAACAACAACAACAACAGUAUCCGAGCGAAGGCAACAACAAGGAUUCGGGAGUGCCUGUUAAAGAGUUCCUAAUCGAUGAUCCGCUUCAUUUUUCCAUGCUGGAGCAGUCCUCUAAAAAUCAGCAACUGUUGCUGCAACAACAGCAACAACAACAACAGCAGCAGCAACAACAACAGUUUGCCGGCAACAACAAUGCGGCCGGACAGUUUUCACUCAGCAUGGAGGAUCACAAGCGCAAAGUGGAGACUGGAUAUGUCUCCUUCAAUGACAGCUACACUGCCUGCUCCUCCGUUUAUGGCGUUGGCGGCAUUAGCGGUGGCUCCGGCACCGGUUCUGGCUCAUCCUCCGGCUCCGGCAGUGUCAAUGAUGGCGCCAGCAAGUCUGGCUCAGUGGCUGGAUCAUCGGAGAUGUUUGCCAGCGGUGCGUCUGACAUGCGACCAGCGAAGAUGGGACGCAUGAUGACAGCGGCGGCGGCAGCUGUUGUUGCCUCGCAUGGGGCCAAGGCCACAACGCGCCAGUUCGAUGAGAAUGGAAAUGCGUUAAGUGACAGCUACGCUGGCGGCAGCAACGUGUGCAACAGCAACUCAAGCAGCGGUGGCUCCUCAUCCACUCAGCAGUUUACGACGCUCAUCAGCUCGGCUUUAAGUACUGGCAGUGGUUGCCAGCAACAACAACAGCAACAACAGUUGCAGCAGCAACAGCGCUCAAAUAGUGUGUCCACAUUGCUGUCCACUGGCAACUCGAAUGGAGCAGCAACCACAGCGAUGGCAGCAGCUGCUGCUGUUUCGGCCACGUUCAACAAUCAGUUGCAGCAGCAGACGCCAAUGAUUGCCGGAGCUGUAUCCUCCUCCUCAACAACAGCAACAACCACAUCGCAACAGCAGCAACAACAGCAACCACUGACUAAACUCAAGUCGAAGAAAAAGUCACAGCAGGAGAGGAAUACAACAACUGUGGAUGUGGAGUCAGUGGCUGGUUAUCGAGGCAAAGAUCCCGUCGAGCAGUUGGUGAAAUACAUUGAGAACGAUGCGAAUGCAUCGUCAUCGAAUGCUGCUGUGCAGCAGCAGAAGAAGAAGGAGCGCAAGAAGCAGAACAAGCUGAAGAAAUGCAAUUCACUCGAAGAGCUGCGCAGCUGUGCCAAGAUCGAAGUCGAUGAACUAAAGCGUCAGGCAGCAACCACCGAAAUGAUGCGCAACAAUGGCAACGGCAGCAGCAGCAACGGCGGCAGCAGCAACAGCAGCAGCAGUGGCAACAAGAAAGGAGGCGGCAACAAGCAUAAUUCAGCCUCGGUGGCGGACAUCAACAAGAAUUGUAACAAGGAGCAGCAGCAACAGGAGCAACCAACUUCGUCUUCUUCUAAAGCAACAUCCCGGAAAGGCGAACGCCGCUCUUGGGGCACCGAAGAGUUGCAAUAUUUGGGUGAACCAACGCUGAACAACUGGACUGAACCAUUGCCAAGUGCAAUGUCUGAAACAAUGUUGCCAGCAGCAACAUCAACAGCAGCAGCAACAGCAACAUCAUCAUCCACAACAUUGUCUGCUUUGGCGUUGCCAACAUUAGCUCGCAUGUCCGAGUUGGAGGCGUUGAACACGGUGCUCAGCGAGACGGCCGAGUUUCAUGUGGUCACCAAGAAGAAGAAGCCAAAGAAACAACGCGCCGUCACGAUGGACGAUGCUGCUGUGGCAGCGGCAGCCACAACCGGUGGCAACUUGCAGCGCAUGCAACAGAUAACAAAGUCUGCCUCAUCGAACAUGAUGUCGCAACGUUUGCGUAGCGAUUACUACAACAAUCAUUACGGCGGACAGCAGCAGCAACAGUAUAAUAAUAAGCAGCAGCAGCAGCAGCAACAAUAUCAACAGCAGCAGCAGCAAUCAUCAUCGCAUCAUCAACAGCAGCAGCAAUCACAUGCCUCGCAUGCCACAAGCGGAGCAGCUUCCUCCUCAUCAUCGUCUGCUCAAGACAAUUCGCGUCGCAAGUCAACAUCGUCGAUGCCGCCAUCGGAGAAAUCCGAUUCCAGUGAUCUCGAUUCGGUGCAUUCGCUGCCCAUACAGACGGGCAAGAAGAAGAGCAACAACAAGCGCGCUGCCGUCCAGGCCAAGCACACCGCACACAAGAACAACAACAACAACCAGAGCAACCAAAACAACAACAACAACAACAAUUCACCUGCGCCAAUUUCGUAUGCGGACAUUGCGCGCAACAAACGCGAAGCUUUGGCCAACAACAACAGCGACGAGUUGGACGCCAAUGAAGCCAAUGUUGCUCAACAGCAACUGCAACUCGACAGCAGCAACAGCAGCAGUGCCAGCAACAGCAGCGCCAGCAGCAACAACAACAACAACAACAAGCUGAAGGCCAAGUCAAAGUUGCGUCCCGAUUUCCCUGAGUUGCCUGGCGCAAUUUCAGGCGCCACAGUUUCAGCUGCUGCUGCUUUGAUCAGCUACUCGCAGAGCUUGAAUGCAACAGCAGCAGCAGCAGCCACAGAGGAUACCGAGGAGCAGCAACCACUACAGUUGUUGCCAUCAACAUCAGCAACAACCGCAGCAACAACAGUUGCCAAUGUAACGCCAACAAGCAGUACAAAUGCUGCUUCGAUUGUUGCUGCUUCGGUGUCGGCGCCGCCAGCGUUGCAAAAGUCCAAAAGCGUUGAACACGAUGCGAGCAGCUACAGCAGCAAUCUCGAUCUGCAAUAUCCGGCACUGGAGAAGACCGUAAAGCGUCACAGCGUCAACAACGUGUCUGCGUUGCCAUCAACAACAGCAGCUGGAAGCAACAACAACAGCUACAACUUUGCAGCAGCAGCCAAGCAAUUGGAUGUGACGCCCACAGGAGCAACUACCUCAGUCUCAAUCAAGGCGAAAACAAAGCCAAAGGAGCUGUCGCCCACCAACAGCAACAACAGUAGCAACAGCAACAACAGUAGCAGUAACAACAACAGCAAGAAGCUGGAGAAGCAAAAGUCAACAACAACAACAAUAACAACUAGUCAGGAGGAUGCCUCAACACCUCCUCCAGUUAGUUUUAGCUUUGUUAGCUGCGGCACAGCAACCGGAAGUGGCAUCAUUACGUUCAAAACAACAGCAGCCACUCAAACGGAUGGCGUGAAGAAGAUCAACAGCAGUGGAACAACCUCAACGGGAGCUCAGACACAAACAUCGGCGCUGCCGGCGGCGGGCAAUCGACCGGCAGUGAUAAUACUCAACGAUGAUCGCGACUCGAAGCUGGGCAGGCUCAACAACGAGUUCAUCUUUGGCGACUUCAACGAGGACGAACUGAAGCUCUUCGAUGAUGUCAGUGAAAAGGAGCUGACCGAGGUUGACAAGGUUGCCAAGUCGUCAUCGUCGUCGUCGUCGUCCACGUCCACAGUUUCAACGGGCACGUUGACUGAAGUUUCCACACCGCCAACAGUUGCUACCACCGAUGAACAGCAACAGCAGCAGCAGCAGCAACAACAGUUGCAACUCCUGUUGAACGAUUCAAAUGAUAAUUCAGCGUGCAUGGACAUGCUGUUGAUCUCAGGGCAGGCGGCGCAGUCGUCACCCAAUGCAGCAAACACAACGUUGAUGGCAGCCAACAGCAGCAACAACACUAGCAACACUAGCAGCAACAACGUUAACAAUUCGUCCACAUCCUCGACAGCUUCGUCGUCCGCCUCAUGCUCAACCUCGGCCUCCUCAUCGACGCUGAGCAGCAGCAGCAAUGCAAAUGGAAAUGCAAAUGGAAAUGGAAAUUCGAAUGAUGCCAACGCUCUACAAUCUGCCACAAAUGUGGCAAAUCAAUCGAACGACAGCGGCAUCUAUGCCACAGCAAACACUUCAUCGACAUCAACAUCAACUUCAACUGCUGGGCACAUCAAGGAUCAGGUGAAUCAUUUCCUCAGCAAGGCGAGCAGCCACAGUCAUCACAGCAGCCACAGCAGCAGCAGUUGCAGCAGCAGCCACGAUGAUCCGUUGCUCCCAAUGCAACAGCUCGAGACGUGCAACGACAUCGAAACUGCCAUCAUUGCCGCUGCUCGCGCUGCAGCCGAAGCUGCACUCAGCACCAACUCGAGUCGCCGCAACUCGCAGGAGCAACAGUUGCAGCUGAGCGGCAAAUCGAAAGUGCGACCAGCUCUUUAUAUGACCUACGAUGAUGCCACAGCUGCCACAGCGUCGGCAUCGGAGGGUAAAGAUGAGGAAGCUGCUCAGCUGCGCGAAUUGAGCUUUAUGCCUGAUCUGAAGAGCGAUUUUGUUGCCGCUGCCCCAACAUCAACAGUAACAGCUGCUGCUGCUGCCAUCACGCUGCCACUGCCAUUGCCGCUGCCGCUCUCCACGCAACUGUUGCCACGUUUGGCGAUGCAGGCCAACACCGAACUCAUUGUGGAAUACAUCACCAACUCUUGGAAUGCGGUGGUGAAAAGCAAACACGUCUACAUCUACAACGAGGAGAAUGAGUCGCAAACUUAAGAGGCAACAUCAAAAACCAUCUCCAUCCAUCAGCUCACAACAACAACAGCAACAUGAACAUUGGCAACAGCAGCAGCAACAGUUGCUUAGAUAAUUCCUUCUUUAUAUUAUUUCAUUUUUAAUAUAUAUUGUACAACAUGAUCAGCGUGUAGAAAUUUGUGUUUGAAGGCCACAAAAGAGUCAUAGAUAGAGGAGAUUUUGAGAUCGGUUUUUUUUUUGGCAGCAAAAGAUAGCGAAAAGAAAUCCAUGAAAAAUGUCCCCUAACUAUAUUUAUGUAUAUCUUUAUUUUGCGAGACAUUUAUCUGUUUGGUUAAUCAAUAACAACAACAGCAACAACAAAAAGGGAAAUCUAUUUAUUUAGAUAUUUAGAAAUUUAGCAUUAAUCUUCAAAGUUUUAACGCGCAUUUGAAAAUGUUUUUUGUUUUUUUUUUCCUCUUUGUUAGCAAUUUUCUUUUUUUUUGUUUGUUUUUUUUUUCCUUUGAUUAUGAAGUAUGCAUAACUAUAAAUAUUAUAUAUAUAAACAUAUUAUUAUAAAGAGAUAAUUAAAUAUUUAAAAUAUGAAUUUUUGUUUAGAACUCGGAAAGAAACGAGAUCUAUUUAUAAAAAAAGAAGAAACAAGAAAAAUGCCUAGAUAAGUUUAUAGUUUUGUUAGGCUUAAGGCAGAGAAAGAAGAAAAUGAUGUCGACAUUGAAAGAAAAGAAAAGAAAAGAAAAGAGAAGCAACAAAACAAAAGAAAAUGGAAAAGGAAAAGGAAGAAAAACAUAAAUUUAAAACUAAAUAUUGUGUAUGUAAAUAAGAGAAAGAAAAAAGAAAAACAAGAGGGAAAAAUUCUAGAAACAAAGAAAUUUGCGUUUAUAUGUAUUUAAACUAUUUGAUAUAAAUCAAAUCGAGAUAUAUAUGUAUAAAAAAAAGAAAGGAAAGAAAGAAAGAACACACAGAAUAUUAAGAAUAUUAAACGUAGUCAUGUAAGUUGCAACAUAUUAUAAAUGUGUGUGGCAUGCCACCACAAACAAAUCAGCCAUAAGCCUAAUGAGGUGAAGCGCACUUGAACGAAAAAUGCCGCCGUUUAGCAGAGCCAAAACACACACACACACACUUUACACUCACACACACACACACACACACACUUUACACUCACACACACACACACAUCCAGAAAAAAGGCUUUGAAGUAGUAAAAGAAAAAUAUAUGAAUAAAGUUGAAAAAGAAAAAUAAAAAACUAAAAAAAAAAACAGAAGAAAACAAAAAACAAAAAAUGAGAGCGUUAGUAAUUUAACAAAAAGAAAGGAAAAACAAAAAAAUAGCGAAGCAAAAACAUAAAAAUCAAAUCAAAGCGUAGACAUUAAAAAAGAAGCAUCAACUAUAAUAUUACAAAUUAAUAAAUAAUAAUGCAGAAACACACACACACAUACAUUUUUUUUUAUACAUACAUAACAUUUAACAAUAAUUCGUAAUAAUAAUAAAUGAUAAAAAAAAAGAAAAAAACGCGUAAACCGUUUCAAAAAUCAUUGUAAGUCUAAGCAACAACAACUACAACUAAAAUCGAAAAAGCGAAACAUCAUUAUUAUUAAAUAUUAAAAAAGAACUAAAAAAUAGAAGAAACAAGAAAAUUAUUUAAAUCAAAUUCUUAAAAAUAAUAAAAUAAACAUAAAUUUUCAAAAGCAUUACAAACAAAAAAAAACUCUAAAUGCCGCAUUGAAAUGUUUCAAUUUUAAAGUAGCAAACUAUAUCAAACAAAUCUUAAAACUAAAUCUGAGAGAAUGUCAAAGAAAAAAAACUAAAAAAAAAAAAGAAAAAGAUAAUGCAGUUAGUUGGUGUUCAGUGUGUAAAAAAAAAAAAUAUAAAACGCUUUGGAGAAUGAGAAAAGCUAAAAAGAAAAACGAAAGCCUCCCUCUCACACACACACACAGAAUAGCGCUGUCUCUGUCUCAUGAUCAGCUCGCACAUAACCUCAAAAAUUCGAUAACAGUUAAAAGCUAACAAUUAUAUAGAAAGAUAUAAUAAUAUAUAUAAAUAGAUAUACAUAAAUGUGCUAGGCUAUAAUAUAAAUGUUUCUUAUGGGUGUAUUUAUGUAAUAUAUAUAUAAUAUAUUUACUAAAUGUGGUGGAUCGUGUGUCUGUCUCUCUAUAUAUAUACAUAUAUGAUAAAGAUUAGGCUACACACUCUCUAUAUACAUACAUACAUACAUACACAUAUAUUCCUACCUAAAACUGAUUGUAAUCAAAUUCAAUGUUGUUUUCCUUUUUUUUUUGCCAUUCGCCCCGAAUUUCAGUGCACUUCUCAGCCUUGCAGUAAGUGAGAGUGAGAGAGAGAUAGAGAAAGCGUGGGAGAUCUUGCACAGCACUCGCACAAAAGCUAAGUGCUGUGGCACUCGGCUAUCCAGGGCUGCAUUCGCUGAUAUUAUGCAAACAAGAACAACAACAGAGAACAGAGAAAAUAAAGUUAGUUUUUAUGAUGUGGCUCGAGCUUCGUGUUUGGCAGCAGUUGGCUAACAGACCAAAGUAGCAUUAUUUACAUAAAUAUUAACUAUAUAAAUAAAAAAUAUACAUAUAUAUAUAUAUUAUACAUACACACAUAUAUCAGCUAUAUUUCUAUUCAAAAUUUCGACUUUUUAAUGUGUGUGUGGAACAACAAAUAUUAUUUUCGUUAAAGCGAUAAGGAAAAGGAUAGAGAACGCGAAAGAGAGCGAGAGAGAGAGAGAGAGAGUACUAUGGAUCAUAGACAGACUAAAAUUAAGUUUAUUUGAUAGCUAAACAAGCAAGAAGAAGAAGAAGCACUUAUAUAUAUUAAUAAAAUACGCUCUGUAUUAGAAUUUAAAGAAUUACUUAUCCGAAGAUCGAGUGAGUGCUAACUGUUUAUAACUAUGUAAGUGUGCGUGUGAAUGUGUAAGUGUGUGAGUGUGUGUGAAUGAUGAAAAACUAACCUCUAAAAUUUAUAUGAAUGUAUACUUCUUAUAUACUACAUAUAUAAAUAUAUAUAUGUUUGUACUCUACUACCUAAAACUAAACUAAAUUAAAUGCUACUACUACUACGAGUAUAAAAUAAAAUAAAAAACAAAAACAAAUAUAUAAAUACAAUUACAAUUACAAUUACCAACUACAAUUACAAUUACGACGAUCUAUAACAACAAAAAAAAAACAAAGAAACUAAUACCUUCCCCGUCUUUAA